AUGAAUGGCCUUACAGUGUCGACUCCGCUCAAAGUAGCCGAGGAAAGUGACUAUUUUGCCAUCAAGUCGUCGGCCCAGGCUCCGUUAUUAAGUCCGAAGUUCAACAUGAAGCCAACUAUCCAUCAACAGGGCACAAAUUCCAUCAGCUCGCUCACCUCUGAAGCUACCUUAGUGGAAGGUAUCUCUGUGGAUUCGGUUGAUUUGUCACAUUCCACCGACACUUUGUUGUCUGAGCUGGCGAAUAGCAGCCCAAAAUCCCGCCGGAACUUCCUUCUGUUGCGUUUGUCCAUGGCAAACCGUCAUAUUCCAAAACUGAUGUCUGGAGGAAUAGCUUCUGCUCGUCUCCAUGACAACUUUUCCCGGAUUGAAGAGGAGCUGCCUUCACAACUUGCUCACUCUGCUGUAGAUUCCCAUUUUGCAUUUCAUCGCUACCUCCAACCAGAACGUGAGGGCAGCUUUCCGUUCAAAACUACUACACAAAAGCCUCCACUUACGCUACGGAAACAGGCAACUCUACCCAGCCUUUCACCGCUGGACUUGUCGUUCAACACUAUUAAAAAUGAGCAGGCGAAGAGAUCUUUGUAUGUACCGCCUGUGGAGAAUAUGCGGGCAGCGAUUCUUGGCCUUUCCCCGAAUAUCAAGUAUAUGCCUGCUGCUAGAAUAGCAGAGAUGCUUGCCUCGAACGAUAUUGAUUCCAGAACAAAUCUUCAUUCGUUAUUUGUGAUGGAUAUCCGCUCGUUUGCUGAUUUUGUAAAGGGAAAUGUCACCGGCUCCAUUAAUGUUUGUCCCCCUCUGACAUUGCUUCGUCGUUCCACGUUUAACUUGACCAAGUGCGUCAAUUCCUUGCCUACCUACGAGAGGCUCAUCAUUCUUAACUACUUGCAUUUUAACACGGAGAAUGUGGCCCUGAAUACGCGGUUCAAGGACUCACCUGGUGGAUUGUAUGGCAUGCCUCCCAUUUUCAUUUAUGACAACAAUAACUACUCAGCCAGCUUGUACCAUAUGUGCAAGAAAUUGGUGGAUCACUCGUGCUGGGAUGCGGAGUCAGAUCCUCCAAUUUACUUAUUGGAUGGACCUUUCCUGGACUUGUCGCUGAAGUUUGGUGAUUUGAUCUCGAAGGGAAAGUCUGAAACCAUAGAUAUUGCUUCGUUGGAAAUUUCUUCUCUUGUGGAGCCUACUAUCAGAAGUGAUGGUGAUGAAAUUGCAAUCCGUCCGCUCGAUACAACUUUGAGACAAAAAACCGAACGUGCACAUUCUACAGCUGGCAUUCCGACAUUUGCUCUUGAUACAUCUACACCUAGUGUUUCCAAUUUCUCGCUUCCUCAAAACCUUCCCCAAAGUGCUUUCAAGAUUAGACAUAACGAGGAAGUUCUUGAUUUCGAUUUCGGUACCAGUAUGGAUACCCCAAUCUCGCAACUUACCAAGGCUGAAUUAGAUGUCUUACCAAAGUGGUUGAGGGAUGCAGUUUCCAAUGCUGACCACAUUAAGGAUGAUUUCAAUAAGUUGGAGGUAUGUGAGAAGAUGAGACUCAACAACGCAUUGAGUCUCGAAAGCAAGCCAGAGUUGAUUACCCCUGGCGGAAAAUUGGAGAUUUCGCCAAUCAUCAACUGCGGAUUGGAUUACGGGCAUAAGAACAGAUACAAAGAUGUAUUUCUAUACGAUCACUCGAGAGUGAAGUUGCAAGCUGAGAAUCGUUUGGAUCUGUCGCUGGACCACGAUUAUAUCAAUGCGUCAUAUUUGGAGCCCAAUUUGGAAUUCACGAAUUUGAUUUCAGAACUGCUGGGGUGUAAGGAGCAACUAGUAAGAGAUUUGAAGGUGAUUGCAACCCAGGGACCUUUGGAAGAAACCAUUGGAGACUUUUGGAAAUGUGUACUCGAUCAGGAAUGUCUUUUGAUCAUAUCUUUGACAGAAGAAUAUGAGGGUGGUUUUAGAAAGUGCAGUGCAUAUUGGAAACCAGGAGUCUACAAGUCAGGAUCUUCCGAGGUUGUUGUCGACCUUAUUAGCGAACGAACCUCAGGUAGGUUUUUGAUCAGAUCUUUUACAGUUACUACUGAAGGCUUACAGAGACACGUGCUUCAGGUCCAGUUGAACCAAUGGCAGGAUAUGAGCGUAACGGUCAAUCCACUUGACAUUCUUAGCGUCGUUUCAUUGAAGCAGUUCAUUUUGGGCGAAGUGAAACCCCAGUCUGGGUGUUCGACCAUUUCACAUUGUUCGGCUGGGUGUGGACGUACAGGCGUAUUCUGUACCGUUGACUCUUUGAUUGGAUUGUUGAAGCACAAUGACAACGAAUGCCAGCUCCCAUACGAUCCUAUCUAUGAAUUGGUGAACGGGUUGCGUCGGCAGAGAAUUCUGAUGGUGCAGACCAUGCGGCAGUACAGUUUAGUUUACGAUGUGGUUGUGCAAUAUGCACUUAGGACAAAGUUCGAUUGUAUGGAUAAUCUUGAUAUCGUCAAGGAGUUUAUCAGUCACAAGAAAAUGGAAUUGAAAAAGGAGUAA